UUGAAUCCAGUCCGUCACUUAGAAGAAUGGUGUGGUCGAAUAAAGGGCGUUUUGGGAGCGGGACGGGCCCGGCCCCCAGCGGUGGGCCGGGCAGUGAGGAAUCGCAGACGGAUUUGCGGUUGCGCGAAUCCCGCGCUAAUGAGGCGAUUGACGCGAAAUACGGCUUCGAUCGGGUUUUAACUUGUCGUGAAGAUGUGGGUUACUUGCUGAAUAUGCAUUCGAGCGAAAUCCUGGAUGAAGACAAGCGAUUGAUUGCGGCCGUGGAUUACUACUUCAUUCAAGAGGAUGGCGCCAGAUUCAAAGUCACUUUACCCUUUCAACCCUAUCUGUAUAUUCGCAUCAAACAGGCCUGCAUGCAAGAAACCCAGGCCUACCUUAGUAAGAAAUACGGCGGCGGGUUGAUCACCGCCAUGGAGAUCGUUCACAAAGAGGACCUCGACCUGCCCAACCAUUUGGUGGGCCUCAAACAAACCUACCUCAAGCUGACCUUUCUCACGACCGCGGACUUGACCCGCGUCCGAAAAGAUCUGCUGACGGCGGUGCGGAAGAACAAAGAGCGGCUUAAGGCCUCUACGGCCUACACGGAGCUUUUGGCCGAGGCCAUGACCCAUCCGGAUGAGUCCUCCCAUUCCUCAUCCCACGCUAGUAUCCGCUCCAAUCCAUUGGAGAACAUCCUGGAUAUCCGGGAACACGACCUGCCCCUUCAUGUCCGAGUGUCCAUCGACCGGUCCAUCUUCGUGGGGUCCUGGUAUCAGGUCAAGUGCAAGGGACUGAACGAGGAGCCCGAGAUCAUCAAACGCGAGGAUCUCAUCGAACGCCCUGACUGUAUAGUGCUUGCAUUUGAUAUUGAAACCACCAAGCUCCCGCUUAAAUUCCCCGAUCCAAGUCUGGACCAGAUCAUGAUGAUCUCGUACAUGAUCGAUGGCCAGGGAUAUCUCAUCACCAAUCGGGAGAUCAUCUCCAAGGACGUGGACGACUUUGAGUACACGCCCAAACCGGAGUUCGAGGGUCACUUCAUUGUCUACAACGAGGCUAACGAACUGGAGCUGCUCCAGAAGUUCUUCGACCAUAUCCUGGACGUCAAGCCGCACAUCUUUGUCACCUACAACGGCGACUUCUUCGACUGGCCGUUCAUCGAGGCUCGAGCCGCCAUUCACGGUAUGGACAUGGCCCAAGAGAUCGGAUUCGCCAAGAAUCGCGAGGGCGUGUAUUGCAGUCGCCCUGCCAGUCACAUGGACGCCUAUUGUUGGGUCAAGCGGGAUUCUUACUUGCCUGUGGGAUCCCAGAACCUGAAAGCGGCGGCCAAAGCGAAAUUGAGGUAUGAUCCGGUGGAAUUAGACCCGGAAGACAUGUGUCGCAUGGCCACGGAAGAGCCGCAGGACCUGUCCAACUACUCCGUGUCCGACGCCGUGGCCACGUAUUACCUCUAUAUGAAGUACGUCCAUCCUUUCUGCUACGCUUUGUGCACGAUCAUUCCCAUGGAACCGGAUGAGGUGCUCCGAAAAGGUUCGGGCACGCUCUGCGAGUCGCUUCUAUGCGUUCAAGCCUUCCACGCCAACAUCAUCUUCCCCAACAAACACGAGACUGUACUGAACAAAAUGACCGAGGACGGCCACGUGAUGGACUCGGAGACCUACGUGGGCGGACACGUGGAGGCCAUUGAGUCGGGCGUGUUCAGGGCGGACAUCCCUUGUCGCUUCCGGAUGGUUCCGGAGGCCUUCCAGAAGCUCCAUGACGACGUCGAUCGAUGCAUGAGACGAGCCAUUGAAGUCGAGGAGGGCAUUCCCAUGGCUGAGGUGCUCAAUUUCGACCAAGUCUGCGAUGAUAUCAGAGAGAAGCUCGCGGAUCUCCGAGACACACCCGCGAGGCUGGAAAAUCCCAUUAUUUAUCAUUUGGACGUAGGGGCCAUGUACCCGAAUAUCAUAUUAACCAAUCGACUUCAACCUUCUGCCAUGGUUGAUGAGACGGACUGUGCGGCUUGCGAUUUCAACAAGCCCAAUGCGACGUGCCAAAGGCGAAUGCCGUGGAUGUGGCGAGGCGAGAUCAUGCCGGCCUCCAGAUCCGAGUAUCACCGCAUUCAACAACAAUUGGAGACGGAGAAAUUCCCUCCGUUCUACCCUGGCGGGCAAAACCGCGCUUUUCAUGAGCUCACCAAAGAGGAGCGAGCCACGUACGAGAAGAAGCGCUUGAGCGAGUAUUGCCGGAAAGCCUAUAAGAAGGCCCACGCCACGAAGAUGGAGGAGCGCUACACUACGAUCUGUCAGAAGGAGAACAGUUUCUAUGUGGACACGGUCCGCUCUUUCCGAGACCGGCGAUACACUUACAAAGGUCUUUGUAAAGUGGCGAAGAAGGAAGUGUCUGAAGCGGCCUCCUCCGGCGAUGCGGCGUGGCUCAAAUCGGCCAAGAACAAAGAGGUCCUGUACGACUCGUUGCAAUUGGCUCACAAGUGUAUUCUGAACUCGUUCUACGGCUACGUCAUGCGGAAAGGAGCGCGAUGGUAUUCCAUGGAGAUGGCCGGGAUCGUGUGCUACACGGGAGCCGGGAUCAUCAAAUGUGCCCGAGAAUUGGUGGAGCAAGUGGGUAGACCUCUGGAAUUGGACACGGAUGGCAUCUGGUGCGUCUUACCCGCCUCCUUCCCCGAGAACUACGUGGUCAAAACCAAGAAUGUCAAGAAACCCAAGGUGACGAUAUCCUAUCCGGGAGCAGUUUUGAACAUCAUGGUCCAAGAUAACUUCACCAAUGAACAAUAUCACGAGUUGGUGGAUCCGGAAAAUCUCGUCUACGAGCAGAAGAAGGAGAACUCCAUCUUCUUUGAAGUGGACGGACCGUACUUGUCCAUGAUCUUGCCCGCCUCCAAAGAAGAGGGCAAGAAGCUCAAGAAACGUUAUGCCGUGUUCAACUUUGACGGCUCUUUGGCCGAGUUGAAAGGUUUCGAAGUGAAACGACGAGGUGAAUUGCAGAUCAUCAAGAUCUUUCAAUCCACGGUUUUCGAGGCGUUCCUCAAGGGCGAUUCUCUUGAGUCUUGCUACGAGGCUGUAGCCAAAGUGGCCGAUUAUUGGCUGGACGUUCUGUACUCGAAAGGUGCCAACAUGCCGGAUUCCGAGCUCUUCGAGCUGAUCUCGGAGAACAAGUCCAUGUCGAAAACCCUGGCCGAGUACGAGGGACAAAAGUCCACUUCCAUUAGCACGGCCAAACGUCUGGCAGAGUUCUUGGGCGAUCAAAUGGUCAAGGAUGCGGGUCUGAGUUGCAGAUUUAUCAUUUCCAAAAAGCCUGAAGGCGCUCCCGUCACCGAGAGAGCCAUUCCAUUGGCCAUUUUUGAGUCUGAGCCGAGUGUGCGGCGCCAUUAUUUGCGAAAAUGGCUCAAAGACAACACGAUGACCGACUUUGACAUCCGGAAAGUGCUGGAUUGGGGAUAUUACGUGGAACGUUUGGGUGGGACCAUCCAAAAGAUCAUCACCAUUCCCGCGGCCUUGCAAGGCAUUCCGAACCCUGUGCCCAGGAUCGCUCAUCCGGAUUGGCUCCACAAGAAGAUCAUGGAGAAGGAUGACGUGCUGAAGCAAAGGAAAAUCAGUGAAAUGUUCACUGUUCAAGCCAAAAAGGCUCCUGUUCUCUCCGAGGAUCAAGAUAUGUUCGAAGAGACGCCCCAAGAGUCGUCAGAAGACAUUGAGGACGUCGGACGAAAACCCUUGGGUUUGAAAAAUGUGGCUGUGAACUCGAAACGAAAGCGCGAUGACGUCGCUGGACCAACCAAAGAGAACUGGACCAAAAGCUGGAAGGAGGUCUUGGGCGACCCUCCACCAAGAUCGAAAGUGAGAGAGUGGAUCGAGUUCCAAAAGAAGAAAUGGGCCCAUCAAGCCCUCCAGAAGGCUCAGGCCCAGAAGAAGCGAUCCAAAGGCCAAGAGGACUUCGGGUGUGGAAUUGGCGGAAGGGGCGUGAUUCGUACCGGAAACCACUCCACUUUGGGUGGUUUCCUCCGCAAAGCCCAAAGGACCCUGCUGGAUACUCCAUGGCAGGUGAUCCAAAUUGUGGAAACUGUCCAACCCGGCCUAUUCAAAGUGUGGGCUUUGGUGGGCUCUGAUCUGCACAUGAUCAAGCUUGUCGUUCCUCGAGUGUUCUAUGUGAACCAAAGGAACCCCAAAGAGGCCGGUGACACCGGAGGCCUGUGGCGAAAGGUGCAGAAAACCUUGCCCAGGGCCCACCCGGUCAUGAAUUUGUACGAGUACAGAGUACCCGAGGACAUUUAUCGACAACAUGCCAGUGACUUGGUCACGGAUUUGUCGACCCCGGACAUUGAGGGGAUCUAUGAAACCCAGGUGCCUUUAGACUUUAGGGCUCUGGUGGACCUUGGCUGCCUUUGUAUGGUGGACAAGGCCAAGGCCAAAGACCUCAAGGUGGGUGAAACCGAUACCUUCGACUUGAGUUGGCUUCAGUUCAAGAGCCUCGGACACUAUCCCUACUUGGCGGAUGAUUCAUUCCGAAAGGUGUACUUCUACCAGCACAAGGUCAACGCUAAAUCCAUUUUCGGACUGUUCUUUCCCAUGAGCCAGAAGGCUAGUGUGUUCGUCUUGGACACGGUUCGGAGCAAUCAAAUGCCCAAUUUAGUCACAUUGUACAACAACGAACGAGCCCAAUUGGUCAAGAGCAAUGCUGUGGAGAAAGAUCUCCUCCCCGAAAGUGAUUUUGCUUUUGAGGUUCGAGUCGAAACGGACAUUCGGCAAGUGUUCCGACAGAUCCAGAAGCUGCUCACGGCUUUUAAAGACGAAAAACGUGGUCCCACCGUGGUCAUGGUCCAAUCGCUCUUCAACUUCCAAAACUUAACUACAUCCAUGCCAGUUUUGUCGGAUUUCCCCAUGGUUCCCAUACAUGUCUCAGAUAGCGACAAGCUUUACAGUGUCUUGGAUUGGCAGCGAGUCGGUGCUCGUCAGAUGAUCCGGCACUUUCUCAAGUCCGAGACCUACUUGCAAGCCACCAUAGAGCAAUGUCGGUAUUUCCACGUGCCCGUGGGUAACCUGCCCAAGGACACCACGGCUUUUGGGGCGGAUCUUUUCUAUGCACGGCAUUUGCGCAAGCAAAACUUCGUACUAUGGUGCUCACCCACGAAUCUCCCCGAUCUUGGUGGGAAAGAAGCGGAUGAUAGCCGACUUCUCACCGAAGCUGAAGAUGCCUCUUUGUCCGUGGUUGUGAACAACCCUGGCUCAUAUCGCACGGUUUGUGUCGAGAUUGAAUUGGAUGCCUUGGCUGUGAACACCCUACUACAAGCUCAUCAUGUCAAUGACAUUGAAGGCACGGCUGGGAGUGUGGCCUUCGAUACAAUGCCCCAAGCAAGUUUGGAGGAGAUGUUGGGUGGUCAAGUCUCAACGUUGGCAUCCUAUGAUGAAACGGCCUUGGUCUCUGCGGCCUUCCGAGUCUUGAGAGCCAUGGUGAAUGCUUGGUUAAGAGAGGUGUCGCAGUUUCGCAACAUCUUUGCCGAUUACCAAAUCAUUCAUUUCUACCGAUGGCUCCGAUCUCCCAAUGCCCUGUUGUACGAUCCUGCCCUGAGAAAGACGUUAUUGAACUUGAUGAAGAAGUUGUUCAUGCAAUUGAUCUCCGAAUUCAAACGCCUUGGGGCGGAGAUUGUGCAUGCAGACUUCAAUCGAAUCAUCAUUUGCACCAAAAAACGCUCUUUGGAGGACGCCCUCGCCUACGUGGAAUAUGUCACCAACACCAUUCAUAACAAAGAGCUCUUUCACUCCAUCGACAUGCGAUUCAGUCAAGCUUGGGACUAUUUGCUCUGGUGCGAUCCGGCCAACUACGGUGGGAUCAAGUCCAAGCCGCCCAGUUCGUUGAAGCCCUCCGAAAUCUCCGGCACUCCAGUCAAGAAAAAACCACCCACAGGUGACGAGUCCGAUGAGGAAGACGGCAAAUCCGAGGAAGGGACCGAAUUCAGUGAAAACGACGAGGACAGCUCGGAUGAGCCCGAAAUUGAAAUGAACUGGAACAUGGCCACAUAUCUGCCCGAGGAAGGCGCUUGUCAGAACAACUUCAACACCGUCAUUGCAGGAUACAUUACGGCCAAUUAUCAGUAUUUACUCGAGGCGGCCGACAAAAUCGCGCCGGGAUCCACGCCCGUGCGACGACGAAGGAACUCUCAAUUCAGCCAAUCCACGCCUGGGAAGACUAGGAAAUCGAAUGGUGAAGCCUUAUCAGUCGAGGAGUAUGCCAAGGAUCUGAUCAACGGAGAACUCACCCAAAGACUGUUCAGCGUCACCCAAAAGAUCCACAAGAAACUUCCCCCGCACGUUGGAGAUGACGAAGAGAGCGUUUUCCCGCAAUUACCCGGAUCCCAUCUAAAGCUGAGAAGUCCGGCAUUGGAAUUUGUCAAAGCGUUGUACAAGGUCCUGAGUUUGGACACGUGUAUUCGUGAUGAAGUACAUCGUCUACGAAAGAAUCUCUUGCGAUUGAUUGGCGUAGGGGAAUUUAGUGACGAAGCGGAUUGGCAGGAUCCGUGUAUCUCCUUCAUUUUACCAGAGGUCAUUUGCAAGCAUUGUAAUCAUUGCCGCGACAUUGAUUUGUGCAAAGAUCCGCAUCAAGGAGAGAUAAGAGGCGUGCCCGCUUGGUUGUGUGCUAGUGCCAAUUGUCAAACCGCCUACGAGACCUCUGAGAUCGAAUCCCAGCUUUUGGACGCGGUCGAGCGGAAGACCAUGGGCUUCAUUCUACAGGAUCUUCAAUGCACCAAGUGCAAGGGAAUCAAGGACCGGAACAUGCCUCGAUAUUGCAAAUGUGCAGGAAUCUUCAAGACGGUCCAAUCGUUCAAGGACUUGGAACAGUUGUUGAGGACCUUCUUGGGAAUUUCUCGACAUUAUCAAAUGCCUUUACUUCAGGAAGUGGUCGAGUUUAAAAUGACGAUGAAUAAGAUGACCAUGUAAAAUUAGGGUGGACGAAUAGAACUAUGAUGUUGAAGUAAACAUUAUUCUUUUAUUGGAA